AUGAGCAGCCUCAACCACAGCACCACCUCCAUACAAUACAAAAAGUCCCCUCAGCUCAGGCCUCACAAUGGACUGCCUAAAUUGCCUAAACUCACAAAAGUUUUGUCCGAUAAAAACGAUCGGCGAUUGGGGCCCAGUCCCACGAACCAUAGCUCACUAAUGUCCAACCAGGUCACCGAUUACUUGAAAAAGAAAGGAUUCACCAAAACCGAGGCUGUAUUUCGGCAAGAAACAUCCUAUCUGGGCCCUGAUGGGAGACCGGCCCAGCGAAACGAUGACCCAGGCCCGAAGAAGUAUCUAAAAUCGUUUGCAUUGCUGAGGAACUGGAUUGAGAACAAUCUCGAUAUUUACAAGUUUGAACUCAGAAAGCUCCUCUGGCCCGUUUUUGUUUACUCCUACCUGGAGCUCGUCGGCCAGGGCUAUGCCGAUGAUGCGAAACAUUUGCUGGAUACGCUGCGACCGCAGUUUGAUGCGGUUCACCAGGAUGCCCUGGCGUUGCUGGCAACAGUCACGCUGCCCCAGCACGUCGAGGAGAACCAGACCACCCGGCUUUACCGGGAGAACAAGUACCGAAUCCCGCUGAACCAGUCGCUUUCUGGCAAUCUCUUCCACUUCCUCGAACGGGAGUCGGACGAAGGCGGGGCCACCAUUACCUACAUUCUCCAGACCUAUUGCAGCGUUGAGACGAGCGCGCGGGGCCCAAUCGAGCCUUACAGCUUUGAGGCCAUCUAUCGUCGCGCCCAGAAUCUCGAUCUGGACGAGGUGGACGCACAAGAGGGCAUUCCAGGCGUUUUCACGGGAGUGUCGAACCGUGACGUUCUUGAUACGAGUGCUAAGCUCAAGCUUGGACCGAUGCCGAUGGAGCUGGAUUUGAGAGACGAUGUUAGGGCCGAACUCGAGGACGAAGACCAGCGGAACCCACCGGCCGACGGCCGGCCAUCCUUGGUCGAAGAGUUUGACAAGCGCAUCAAGCGCGAGGAAAGCGCCGACGCGCCUUCACGAGCGGACCUACCACUUCCCCCGUCACGGGCUCGGGACGUAGUGAUGGAGAUGCAAAAGGUGCGCGAGAAUCGCGAUAGAUUCCAGAUUGAGGGUCGCACAGGCGGUGUUGGCGUUCCAGUAUCUUCUUGCAUGUUCACUUUCCACAAUACGCUCGGAAGCGUGUCAUGCAUGGAUUUCUCCAACGAUCACCAGCUCGUCGCUGCUGGUACGAUGGAUUCCUAUAUCCGCGUGUGGUCUCUCGAUGGCAAGCCGCUCCCGACCUCUGUCGAGAACGAGAAGGACCUCAAGGUCAACAACCGGAAGCUCAUCGGGCACUCGGGCCCGGUAUACGGGGUGGCAUUCUCGGACUCCAUCGCCAACCUAAGCCGCAACAUCUAUGGCGAAGGUGAAGACAAGAAACCCGACACUAGCACGAAGCUGUUGUUGUCUUGUUCGGCCGACGGCCAAAUCCGACUCUGGUCUUUGGAUGUGUGGGCGUGCCUAUGCAUUUACAAGUCGCACUACGGACCAGUCUUUCGUGUUCUCUGGAGUCCCCACGGACACUACUUCGCUACGGCAGGAUGGGACAAGACCGUCCGUGUCUUUUCCCAAGACCAUGCCUCAGCGCAACGUCUCAUGGUCGGUCAUGACACCAGCAUCUCGGCCUUGGCUUGGCAUCCCAACGGCACCUACAUAUUCUCCGCUUCGGACGAGAUGGAUAAGUCGAUCCGCAUGUGGUCCAUCACCACGGGGAACUGCGUUCGCGUGUUCACCGGUCACGCCCACUACAUCAGCGCUCUCGAGUGUGCCCACAACGGCAAGAUACUGGCGAGCGCCGACGCAGGAGGAAACAUCAUCCUCUGGGACAUCGACAAAGGCACGCGCAUCAAGCGAUGCCGUGGACACGGUAAAGGCGGAAUUCCGUCUCUCAGCUUCAGUGUCGAAUCGAACGUCCUCGUAUCCGGCGGCCUGGAUGGUACCGUCCGUGUCUGGGAUGUCGAACUACCCGCAGAUCCCAAUAAGGCCAACCCCCUCACGGCCGGUGUUAUCCAGCCGGUCCCGCAAGUGGACGGCGCAGUGGCCGGCGACAGCAUUGCCGUCGGCGGCCCUUCGGACAGCCGCAGUAUCACGGUAGGCGGCCAGACAGCGCCUGCGCCUGGCGCGAGCGCAUCCGGGGGCGGCGUCGGAGCUGGCGGUGGUGGUGGCGGGAAAAAGAAAGGGAAGGAGGUCCAGAUCACACCGGACCAGAUCAGCGCCUUCGCGACUAAGAAGACGCCGGUUAUGAAGGUCCAAUUCACACGCAUGAACUUGAUCGUGGCGGGCGGCUGCUAUGAUUCUGAGCGGUAG